CAUUUGAACAGUGAGGUGAUGUGUGUGUUCAUCUGCGUGGUGAUAGCACUGUGGCCUUGUGGGCUGCACUCAUAUAUAAGCAGCACUUUCAAAAGUCAACAGAACAGAAAUCCAAGUCCUCUCCACAGCGCUGUCAGCCGAUUUACAGCAAUCUUUGCAGUUUUCCAGCUCUCCUAAAGCUCCUGUAACAAACACAAAAUGCUGCCUGCAACCUUCAAACUGUGUGCUGGCAUCUCCUACCGGCAUAUGAGGAACAUGACAGGUUUGAGGAGGAACGCCAUGGUGGCCAUUCACCACGAGCUGAACAGAUUGGCAGGCCCGAGUCCCAGUAACUGGAUCAGCCAAGUCCGCCGACGGAGCUCCCUCCUCAGUUCUCGGAUCGAAGAGGAGGAGGUGUACAGCGAGGAGGAGAUGUCUUACCUGAAACAAGGCGAGGAAGCUCUGCAGAAGGCCAUUAGCAUCCUCAGCAAACAGGACGGCUGGACAGUCGAAACUGUGGCUGCAAACGGAGACAAAGUCCUGAGUAAGACGCUGCCUGACAUCGGAAAGGUGUUCAAGCUGGAAGUGAUGUUGGAUCAACAUCCUGACAACCUUUACGAAGAGCUCGUUGGAAAUAUGGAGCAAAUGGGGGAGUGGAACCCCAGUGUCAAACAAGUUAAGAUCCUGCAAAGGAUCGGCCAGGAAACAAUGGUUACCCAUGAGAUGUCUGCAGACACGCCUGGCAAUGUGGUCGGACCGAGAGACUUCGUCAGCGUUCGCUGUGCCAAGCGUCGGGGCUCCACCUGCUUCCUGGCUGGGAUGUCCACUCAGCACCCGAAAAUGCCUGAGCAGAGAGGCGUGGUCAGAGCGGAGAAUGGACCUACCUGUAUAGUCAUGAAGCCCUGUGCUGAAGACCCAAAUAAGACCAAGUUCACCUGGUUACUAAAUAUAGAUCUAAAGGGCUGGAUCCCGAAGACUAUCAUAAACAAAGUGCUGUCUCAGACGCAGGUGGACUUUGCCAACCACCUCAGGCAAAGGAUGGCUAAUAAUGUUUCCAUGGAGAUGGCUCACGCCUGCUGACACGAGACGCCUCUUGAGCUUUUGGCACAGUGGAAGGAGAGCAACCCCGACUCAUUAAAAAACAAAUCACCGAGCACAUCUGCUUGUAACUGCUGAAAAAAUAUGAAAAUCCAGAGAGCAUUAAGGAGAUCAGAUGAAGAUGACGCUUUUAGAGAAAUCUGGGCUCAGAUGUUGGUUUCAGUUGGCUAACGUCUGUGUGUGUGUGUGUGUGUUUUUCUUGCCCCUCUUAAUAGAAAAUCUGUCCUGAUUUUGCAUCUUACACACUCGAGUGCCUUGAUUGUUUGUGACACGUUCGUCCUCAUCACUCCACCCCACCUUGGCAGACCCACCGAGUCCGUAUGCGAGCAGUAAAACCUGUACCACACUGUGUGUUGUUUCCCUCUGGUAACUGCUGUGAACUUGCACUUUCGUGUCAGUGUUUUAUUUAUUUGAUUUACCGAUUACACUGCAAUGACGGCCAAGUGCAUAAACGAUUGUAAUGUCAGUGGUAUUUAUGUCUUUUUUUUUGUUGCUUUUAUCAUGCUGUUGGAGAACAAGAAAAGCUGUCAGGAUAAUGAUUGAUCUGCCUUUCUCGGGUGCAUGAUAACAUAAAUAAAAGCUCAUAAUCCGAAGGU